AAAAACUACUGAUGAGAAGAAAGAAAGUAGCUGGCUUUCACAAUUCACAGCUUUUCAGUUUUUUAUUUCAAAAAGAAUUCUUUUUGAACAUUAACAGCUUCUUUAUUUCUUAUGCAACAUGAAAUUUCAAAAAACCAGGCCACAUGAUUGGUGUGCACUUGCCCCACUGUAAAUUAGCUUUCUCUUCUAUACUUCUAUAUUCCUCUUUUCUGUUCUCCUCUCUCUUUCCCUUUUGAAUUACAGACUUCAGAAAAAAAACAGUUAAAACCCUAGUCUUUCUUUAAACAAAGAAAAGCAUUAAAAAAAAGAAAAGAAAAGAAAGCGCAAGUAGUCAAGAAUUAGAAGAAGCUCCAAAACAAACAAACAAGUUUAAUGAUUCUUUAAAUCCAUAUUCUUGAUGGGUUUUUCAAGUUUUGAUCUUUCUCUGUCUUUUCUUGAACCCACAAAGCCAUAAGGCAGCAGGCAGGGUCCUAAACUAUCUCUAUCUUCAUGUGUUUUUUGAACUCAAAACAGACAAACAAUGGAGCUUCCUGUUAUUUUUCUUCUCUGCAUACCCACUUUGAUUUUUCAGUUCUCUUUAGUACAUUCCCUACAAGAGCACCCUUUUGUUUACUCGCCAGCUCCUUCUCCCAUUUCUCCAAUCUCUACUUCUAUGGCUGCCUUCUCUCCAGGAGUUCAAUUGCAACUCGGAAUGGAAGAUGAUCACCAUAAAAUGAAGUUGGACAAGAAAGUAGCUAUGUUGCUUAUUGUUGCUUGUGGCAUUCUUGCUCUAAUUCUCUUGGCUUGUUUAUUUGGUUGUGGCGUUUAUUAUUGGAAGUUCUCUCAAAGAAAGAAAAGUGCACAUUGCUCAGAUGCUGAGAAAGGGGUAUCAUCAACACCAUUCUUGGGUAAAUUUAAUUCAUUAAGGAUGGUUAGUAACAGGGGAUCUGUUUCAUUGAUUGACUAUAAGCUACUAGAGAAGGCCACCAAAAAUUUUGGAGAUGACUGCUUAUUGGGAAUUGGUGGAUUUGGACAUGUUUACAAAGCUGUACUGGAAGAUGAUAAGCAUGUCGCAGUGAAAAAACUAGACUGUUCGGGUGAUGAUGCACAUAGAGAAUUUGAGAAUGAGGUGGAUCUGUUAAGCAAAAUGCAUCAUCCAAAUAUAAUUUCUCUUGUGGGUUAUAGUGUUCAUGAAGAGAUGGGUUUUAUUGUUUAUGAAUUAAUGCGAAAUGGGUCCCUUGAAGAUCUAUUGCACGGCCCUUCGCGUGGAUCUUCAUUAAGUUGGCAUAUGCGGUUAAAAAUUGCUCUCGAUAUAGCAAGAGGAUUAGAAUAUCUUCAUGAAUUCUGUAAGCCAGCAGUGAUUCAUAGAGAUCUGAAAUCAUCUAAUAUACUUUUGGAUUCCAAUUACAAUGCCAAGCUAUCAGAUUUUGGUCUUGCUGUAGCCGAUAGCUCCCACAACAAGAACAAGCUCAAGCUCUCAGGCACCGUGGGUUAUGUAGCCCCAGAGUAUAUGUUGGAUGGUGAACUGACGGAAAAGAGUGAUGUCUAUGCUUUCGGAGUUGUGCUUUUGGAGCUUCUACUGGGAAGAAGGCCUGUGGAAAAACUGGCACCAGCUCAUUGCCAAUCAAUUGUAACAUGGGCCAUGCCUCAGCUCACUAACAGAGCCUCUCUUCCAAACAUUGUGGAUCCUGUGGUAAAAGAUACCGUUGAUGAAAAAUACUUAUUCCAGGUUGCUGCAGUGGCUGUGUUGUGUGUUCAACCAGAACCGACAUACCGUCCUCUGAUAACGGAUGUUGUGCACUCUCUCAUUCCGCUUAUUCCUCUUGAGCUUGGAGGAACGCUAAGACUUGCAACACCGGCUGUAGGUGGCCAGAGUGGCUAAACAUCAAAAACAGGGUUCUUGCUCUGAUGCAACUUUUUUCAGGUUUUGGUUAGAUUAUCCAAAGAUUCAUACAAGUGGACUUGCUGAUGUGCAUAUUGAUGUUCUUGCCUUGUCAAAUAUAGCAUCCGCCGUUUGGGUUGAGGUUAAAAAUUGGUUACCCAGAUGGACUGAAGGAUAUUGGAAUUCUGUCCACAAUUGUAAAUUGAAGUAAUUUUAGAUAAUUAAUCAAUAUAGCAUUAUCAAUUGA